CAAAAAAAAAAAAGCAGAGACAGACUGCAGACAGACGCUUGGGAGUUUGGAAUCAUUUUUUCCUCGUCUAUAUCGCAUCAUAUACAAAAACGCAAACAGGAACGGAGAAAAAGUAAAUAGAAAAACCCUUCUUACUUCCUUUUCCACUCUUCAGUCUCUCACCAAACCCCUGCCUUCCUCUGUAUCUCUCUUGUAUUGGUUUUCUCAGUGCCUCUGAUCGAUCCCCUUCUCCGUCCAUAUCCAUAUCCAUAACCAUGGCUUCGCUGUCAAAGCUUUCCAAUCCAAACCCUGCUGCUGCUUCUGUAUCGUCUUCCUUCCGCACUAGAUCUUCCCACCCCAAGUCUUUCAUCGGUUUCCGCUCCCUUACCAAUUUCCACGCCAAACUUUCAUCUUCUAAUCUCUCUUUUCCCUCCGCCUCCGAACCCAAACCCUCCUUGAUCGUUCGAUGCUCCCAAGUGGAUGGUAACGGAAGUUCAGCCAAGAGAACAGUGCUUCAUGAUCUCUAUGACAAGGAAGGCCAGAGCCCGUGGUACGAUAACCUCUGCCGACCUGUUACCGAUCUGCUUCCUCUCAUUGCUAGUGGUGUCAGGGGUGUUACUAGCAACCCUGCGAUUUUCCAGAAAGCAAUAUCAUCCUCAAAUGCUUACAACGACCAGUUCAGGGAACUUGUACAAUCAGGAAAAGACAUUGAAUCUGCAUAUUGGGAACUUGUGGUGAGGGACAUUCAAGAUGCCUGCAAGCUUUUUGAACCAAUUUACGAUCAAACAAAUGCUGGGGAUGGCUAUGUUUCUGUUGAAGUGUCUCCAAGACUCGCUGAUGACACUGAAGGGACUGUCGAGGCUGCAAAAUGGUUACACAAAGUGGUUGACCGCCCCAAUGUGUACAUAAAGAUACCUGCUACAGCUCCAUGCAUCCCUUCUAUUAAGCAAGUUAUUUCACAUGGCAUAAGUGUCAAUGUGACUCUUAUAUUCUCUCUGGCUAGAUAUGAAGCAGUUAUUGAUGCUUACUUGGAUGGCCUAGAGGCUUCUGGGCUAAAUGAUCUCUCCAGAGUAACUAGUGUUGCUUCCUUUUUUGUCAGUAGGGUAGACACCCUUAUUGACAAGUUGCUUGAGAAGAUUGGAACACCUGAGGCCCUUGACCUCCGAGGAAAGGCUGCGGUAGCUCAAGCAGCUUUAGCAUAUCAGCUCUAUCAGAAGAAAUUCUCAGGUCCAAGAUGGGAGGCUUUGGUGAAGAAAGGUGCCAAGAAGCAGAGGCUGCUUUGGGCCUCAACCAGUGUGAAGAAUCCUGCCUACCCAGACACCUUAUAUGUUGCUCCCCUCAUUGGACCUGACACGGUGUCAACAAUGCCUGACCAAGCUCUGCAAGCUUUCAUCGAUCAUGGUGCAAUCUCAAGGACUAUUGAUUCAAAUGUAUCCGAGGCUGAAGGCAUCUACAGCGCACUUGAGAAGUUGGGAAUAAACUGGAAUGACGUGGGUAUUCAACUGGAAGAUGAAGGAGUAGAUUCAUUCAAGAAGAGUUUUGACAGCCUGCUGGACACCCUCCAAGAGAAAGCAAACUCUCUGAAACUGGUGAGCCUGUAAGGCAUUGAGGUUUAGUUUGAAGAUGCGAUUGCUGAGCCUACAAAAGCCUGAAGGUUGGAUAAUUAUGGGUAUUUCUCAGUGAAUGUGAAUUAAUAAUAAUAAAAAACUGGCGGGGGUUCAGGGUUGGGAUGGUUGCUGUAAAUGUAGCUUUGAGUGCUAUGUAAGACAUUUAACUGAUAUAUGAUUUGAGAUUGUGGCAGCUCCAUUUUCAA